AAAUUGAAAUCCGUAAUCAGUUCGAUUGGAACCUCGCACCCGUGCGAAUCGAUGGAACGUGCGAUGUGCAUCUCGCUACUGUUGUUAGCCAUUGGGUUCACCUCCGUUAUAUCCAUUUCCGGCCAACCGGCGGGCAGGAUAAUUAAUGGCACUACGGUAGAUAUUGCCCGUCAUCCAUAUCUUGUCUCCCUUCGCUAUCGCCGGGAUGAGGAGUCCAGCUACAAGCACGAAUGUGCCGGUGUCAUCAUCUCGGAGCAGGCAUUGAUCACCAGUGCUCAGUGCCUCUAUGGCUUGCCAGAGGAAACUAAACUGCUGGCUGUGGCCGGAGCAAACACCCGCAGUGGAACCGAUGGAUUUAUUUAUCCAGUAGCCAAUUGGACCCAUCAUCCGAACUACGAUCCCGUGACAGUUGACAAUGAUAUAGGUGUCCUCCUCCUGGACACACCCCUCAACCUCACGCAUUUCGGAAUAAGCUCAAUUGGUAUCCGCCCGGAGCGUCCUGCAGUGGGUAGACUGGCCACUGUAGCCGGAUGGGGCUACAGGGAGGAGUGGGGACCCUCCAGCUACAAACUGGAGCAGACCGAAGUUCCACUGGUUAGCUCAGAGCAGUGCACUCAAAUCUACGGCGCUGGCGAGGUCACCGAGCGGAUGAUCUGUGCGGGAUUCGUAGCUCAAGGAGGCAGUGACGCCUGUCAAGGUGACACCGGUGGCCCCCUGGUCAUCGAUGGUCAGCUGGUGGGCCUGGUGUCCUGGGGACGUGGAUGUGCCCGACCCAACUACCCCACCGUCUACUGCUACGUGGCCAGCUUUGUGGAUUGGAUCGAGGAAACCAUAGCAGCUGCUCGAGGGCAAUAAACAUAGGCAUUUUCAUGCCAAUCGAUACGCUAUCUUCAAGUGGUUAUUGCCGGAUAGAGCUACCUAAUUUAAUAAUAAAACCGUAAUCAAACAAACUA